AUGCUUGCGAAUGACGAAAAGCCUUUGUCUCCACUGAUCUUAUAUUUUCAGAACUCGGUCCCGAAUGAUCUGGAAAAUCGUCGUUAUGUCGUCUAUCAACUGGUGCUCAUGCUUCGUGCUCACAUCGCCGCAGUGUUAUCAAGCCGUGGAAUCAGUUUCUGGUCGAUGCAGCAAGACUCGUUAUGGACGGAGAACUUUGCGUCGAUGCAGGUCGAAAGGCAUUAUCCAAAUUCGAACCUGAUAUUCGACACAGUUGGCAAUGAUCAG